AUGGUCGGCCUCUGCUCGGGUGACGUCAGGCUGCAGAUGCUCGCCACCUCAACCAGCAUCCUCAGCCUCACGUCAUCCUCAUCAUCAUCGUCCCUCAUCGCCCGAACCCAGUUGGGCACGUCCGGUGGCGCCAGGUACGGCUGCUGCUCGAAAGCCUUACCCGUCAGCAGCUCCAACAGCAGCACGCCGAACGCGUACACGUCAGACUUGGCCGUGGGCCCGCGCCCGGGAGCCAGGGGAGGACGAGUCAGGGUCGCUGUCCGGAGAUGUGGGGCCCGCGAGGGCAUGGAGGCAGUAGUCGACGUUGGAGGAUUUGAGGUUGCCGUGGACAAGCUUCGAGGCCUGGUGGAUGUAGGCCAGGCCCUGGGCCACGUCCUCUGCUAUUUUCAGGCAAGAGGUCCAGUGGAGGGGUUUUGCUCUAGUGGAUCUCGAACCUGA